CAAGCAGUCAAAAAAACAAACACGUGAGCCGGUUAUGAAAGUUAUAUCACCCGGGCAAGAGCGUCGAUUAAUUUGUUUAACAUAAGCAUUUUAUUCACUUCAACGAGACAAGAGUCUUCAAAGGCAAUUCAGAAAGGUGUAGUCAGACAUGUUUGGUUCAGUGGUGGUUGGCAUUGGGACGGCAGGCUUUGUGAGGAUCAGGGACAUGCUAGCCCCUCUGCCCUCCAGCGCAGCUGAGAAGCUCAGUGUCAAAGGUUUCAUAUCCAGGAGGAUUCUGGAGGAGCAGCAGGGAGUGAAACAAAUCACUGUUGAAGAUGCCCUGAGCCGGGACGACAUAAAGGUGGCUUUCGUGUGCACCGAAAACGCUGCCCACGAGGAAAACAUCAGGAUGUUUCUGGAAGCUGGGAAGCACGUCUGUGUGGAAUAUCCAAUGGCCAUGACACACAAGACUGCUGUGGACCUCUGGGACCUGGCUCAGGAAAAAGGAGUGGUCCUGCAUGAGGAGCACAUAGAACUCCUGACAGCUGACUUCAAGCAGCUGAAGAAGGACGUAGCAGGGAAAAGGCUGGAGGAGGGAUUCCUUCACUUCACAGGAGGUCCUCUGAAGCCGGGCUUUGGUUUUCCAGCUUUCAGUGGCAUCGCCCGGCUCACCUGGCUGGUCGAUCUGUUUGGAGAGCUGUCUGUCACCGCUGCCAGCAUGGAGGAAGACCAGCAGAACAAGUACAUGAAGAUGACUGCUCAACUCAUAACCAAAGAGCAGAAGCCUCUCACGUGGAUUGAGGAGUGGGCUCCCGGCCUGUCUAGGGCCAAAGACAUCAACUUCCGCUUUGACUCAUGCACCAUCACCCAGCUGCCCCCAGCCAUAAGGGAGCCGGUGGGUAUCUUUAUGCAGGACUUGGUGCUCUUCAGUCAGAAGCUGCUGGGCCAGGUGCCCCGUGACCAGCUCCAUGCAGAGCGCCGCAGGGUCCUCCACUGUCUAGAGCUGGCCGACCGCAUCCAGCAGCUGAGCCUGCAGGGCUCAGCCCAGGAGACCUAGAAACUAGCAGCCUACCGAGGGGGCCCCAGCAGCCUACCGAGGGGCCCCAGCAGCCUACCAAGGGUUGUGAAAUUACAGUAACUUUCCCAAAAUUCCCAGGUUUUCCAGAAUUUUGCAACGCUUAACCUACUGGUGGAUGUCCAAGCGUACAAGAUCCAUCCAUAAACCUUCUACAGUAAAGCUACUGUAACAUGCUGUACUGUAGACAUACGCUCAGCGCAUCUUUGAAAUGUUAAGGUAUUUUAUGUGUUUCAGAAACAAAUUGGUUUCAGAGGCUGCAUUUACACAGCAGCCCAAUUCUGAUAUUUUUUCCACUAAUUGGUCUUUUGAUCUAGCCUGACGACUCAAACUGAAUUCGUCCACUGCUCUAUAUACUUCAGUCUGGGACUGCCGUCAUUGAAGUCGUUUGUAGUGACGUCAAAAUGAGGUGUGUUGUACAAUACAAAGUAAUAAGCGAUUGGAUCAUCUCUAGCCAAUGACACAUUUUCAAAAUGCCACUUUACCCACAUGUGUUCUGGCUGGGGAGGUACUCCGAUCCUGACUCAUUGCAGAAAAGAAGCUAACGUCCGUGUGUGUGGCGUACUGUAGAAUUUGACCUAAGCAAGGAGUUUGGGUAGCCAGGAAAUGUUUGACCGAUCACAUCAGAUCUUUUCACAUCAGAUCUUUUUCAGAAUUAUACUUCUUUGGGGUAUUUUUCACCCCUUAUUUCUCCCCAAUUGGUAGUAGUUAGUCUUGUCUCAUCGCUGCAACUCUCAUAUGGACUUGGGAGAGACAAGCGUGCAAGUAGAAAUACUGGUGUGCAAAAAAGCAGAAAAACAAAUAUGGGGAUGAGGUUAGGUAGUUGGUUGGAUGGGCUAUUUACAGAUGGGCUGUGUACAUCUGCAGCGAUCGGUAAGCUGCUCUGACAGCUGACGCUUAAAGUUGGUGAGGGAGAUAAUGGGCUGCCUGUGUAAACUCAGCCUAGGGCAUGUCGGCUUAUUAUUUAGGGUUAGGCUGUUACUACAGACCACAUCUUAACAUUGAUGGAAGGUCAGUUGAUAUAUAGUUUGAUGUUUGCAUUGUUACUUAUUGAAGUUAAUCUACAUUACAGUUGAAUGUACUGUAACAUUCCUGUGGUUGAUCACAGCUCAUGGUGCUUUAUCAUUGGCUGGUGUGCUUUACUUAUCUCAUAUGACAUUUUAAUAUUGACAUGUUGUGCAGGCAGAAGUGUAAGGCAAAACAGUGACAUACUGAUCAAUGGAUUUAUUUGUAUUUUUUAUUUAACCUUUAAUUAACUAGGCAUGUCAGUUAAGAACAAAUUCUUAUUUACAAUGACGGUCUACAUGCUUAAAUCAUUAACACCGUACAAUGGGUGUUUGAAUGAUACCUCAGGUAAAUGGUAUCUCGGAUAGCUUUGGCAAGUGAAAGUGUGUUAUUUACACUGCAACUGCAACAUUGUCAGUGGACUACAAUUGACACAUCUGUUUAGUUGUUUUAAAGUAGCAAUCCAGCCUCCUUUUUUACCUAAUUUAACACCUGAUUUACUUAACAAAAGGCAUAUCUCAAUAGGUGGUCCAGGCAAGUCCUGACAUUGCACAAGUGGGGGGUGGGCCUUUCCUCUUUUGUUAUCUUUCUCCUCUAUUUUUCCCCAAGAAAGGGGGAGGCAGAUGAAAUCACGGCUUCCCACCUGACUGCCUCUUUGAUUGCCCUACUCCUUGACGUUUGCAGUUGUCUAAAAAACACAAUUUUGCUCUUUCUAAUCUUUAGUUUGUGUACUUUAUUGUAUUUAUACAUGGGAUAUUGCUUUUCAACAGUACAAGUUCAAAAAUCAAUCGGAGGACAUAUUACAGGGGCAUUGCAGUUAACUUGAUUUAGAUGUGUUUGUAAUGUCUGGAAUUUCAGCCUGUUCAGGUGGGAUGGAACUUUUGGACCGCAUCAUGACUUCACACCGCUUCCCUGGUUUUAGCACUAAAUCAUUCACUAGCUUGUUUCCUUAGUUGUAGUUUGAGCAAUACGCUUCCUUUCCUUUUUCUUUGUUUCAAACCAGUAUUUCAAGGAUCUCAAAAUUAGCUGUUCACCAUACAAUAUAAUAAGUAUUCUACUUAAUUCUAGGAUGCUGACAGACUGAAUUUGUUCCUUGGCCUGCUCUGUUCCCUCCCAUUGUUAUCCAUUCAUGCCAGUCCCAUAUAAUGAUGUACAGUGGGCUCCAAAAUUACUGGCACCCCUGACUGGCAAUGCACAAACUUUACUUAAAAAAAUAUAAACAAUAUAAUUAUAUAGAUAAACUCAAAAUACCAACAUGUGAGAAAUACUGUACAUUAUUGUUUCAAUGGAACCAACCAAA